AUGGAAAGAGAAACUGAGCGAAGUUUGUCGAAAAAUUCGAGAAGAAUCGAUCGAGAAUAUGUGAAAGUAAUCGACUGGAAAGAAUUUGACCAUGAGCUCACUCAGUUAUGGAGUCUUUCUUCUGCUCUUAAAUUAGCCACAGAGAAGAAGCUUACCCUCCAGCCCAAACUGGGGCUUAUUCAGUGGGUAUUGUCUCAAGAAAUGUAG